CGUAGAUUAGAUGCAAAAUUUGUAGGAUCGAUGAAGCUAGGUCUGCUUAUCGCUUUGCUUGCCGCCGUCGUCGGCGUAGCGUCGGCACAGCAAGCGAACCAGAACUCAUGGAGCUACAUGGCGAACCGAAAUACUCAGUGCCCAACCUCAUAUUCAAGGAUAAUUGAGUCUAGGUACUUCGCUAACAACGAGACCUGCAAGUCCGCCGUCAAGGCGGCCCUGUCAACGUACGAUAAGUCGCAGUGUCCUGAUACAUCGAAAUACUCCUUGGUUUGGACAUGCAUGAGCGGCUGGAAUGGCAACACGACGGACCCGGCGCGUAUUAAUGACUGGAGUACUUUCCUUUCCGGAUGUGAGCUUUUGUAUAUUGCUCAGCGCGCGAACACGGCUGAGAGCGAGGACGGUUUCGUCUGGAUUGACAACUCCUGCUUUGGCCGCUAUGUAAAUAUGGCGAAGUUUGUUGAAUAUUUACAAGCGUUGUUUGUGGCUUACUGGCAGUCGUAAGUGUAAGAACAGGCUGUCGGCGUGAUAUACAAGAUGAUAUACAGGAGCUUAGGGCAGUAGGCUGGCAUAAUUGUAGUUUGCACAUAUUGCAUAACUGCGUGAGGCACAUUGCGGUCGGAUAUGUUUGGAAGGUUAUUCUGUUUUUUAUCACAGGGGCAACCGUUAAUUCUCAUAAUGUGUAUCGGUUUAUUUCAUACUAUCGGAUUCAUGGCAUGCAUUCCUGCGAUGCAUCCAUUACAUUCUUACUAUGUAGUUGGUAGCAGUAAUAGACAAUGACACACGAUCCGGCAUUAUCAAUGUAGGUUUACAGGCCAAUGUACUGCCGUAUAUAAACGUGGAAUUUUCGAAAUUCGCUGAUCUCGCUCUACUAUCCACUAUACCACCUCGGCAAACGCUGUUACGCUUGCUGAGGUCCGAUAGUUGCUGUCCAGUAGACUGACUUGAUGCACAACAUCUGCAAAACAGCAGCACAACAUACGGGCAAUACUGUAAUGAAAUGGGUCAUACCACGUACUUC